AUGUACGAAAUUUCGUACACAACUGUUCUUUUGUCUGUAGUUCGCGAACUACGAAACGUCUACAGGGUACUUUCGAGCCUUCACGAGAUUAAAAUGCUGUCUACAUCCGCGCGAAGACAGAAAAGGAAAAUAUUGAUUCGUUCCCAUUUGACAGCUCCGCGAAAGUUGCUCAAUAAUAACCUCACAAAUCAGCCAAAAUCCCUUUGUGUACGAAUUUUCGUACAUAUGGACUACACAAUACAGCAGAUGUGGUGCGUUUGUGAGGGGCAUAACUUCUCCUUCGGACUAGAAAACUCCCUCCCAUUCCACUCUCGCAUUCUUACACCGCACUCUACAAUCCCUCCCGUGCUCUCCUGCUGCCAUUCUCAGGGCACUGGGAGCGACUCUUUUCUGUUGCCCUGUUCUUGCUUGGCACUGAAUCGGUUGGUCCUGACCGAGAGUGUGGUCACAUCGUUCCACAACUCGGCAUUAUUGCGAUGUCUUCCGCGCGCAGUCAUGACAGCCGCGUUGUACAUUUUGGGCUUCUUUGGAGACCUAAUGGUCUGCAGUGACACAGAGCUUCUUUCGCUCGACGCGAUAGACUCUUUACAUCAACUUCAUGGUGCUGAUUGUCGGAUGUGCCGAAACAUUUGCAGUCGGAUGAAUUUGUGGUAUUGAGGAUCAAAUCGGGUGCCUCGGAUAGAUACUGGUCGUUGACUACAUGGUGGCGAUCUCUUCGCUGUUCGCGUUGGCCUCUAGGUUAUGGUUUUGGGUGAAGUCUAGAGCGCUCAUGAAGCAAUUCGUUUCGUUUGGUGUGUAUGUUGCGUUGGUGACUGGCAUCCUGUUGUGUUUACGGGUGAAGAAGGAUCCGUCUAAGAAUUUGUCGUGGGCGAGCACGCUCAGAUAUUGUUGAAGAAAGGAACUCUUCUUCUAAAGUGAUAGUCGGUAUGGGAGUAGUUACAGACCCAAAUCCUUUUGUGGGAUCGUUGCGGUUGCCCAGAUUCCGACCCCUUCCUCCUCUCCUGCCGCCCCUACGAACGCCUCUGAAACUACCUCGACCUCCAUAUCGGCCCGCGCAUGUCCACGGCCACGUCCCCGUCUUGGUACAGGGUUAACAGGACUCCCUGUUGUGUUUGGAAUGACCUCGGCCAUAAGAUAGGAUUUUAUCUAAUCGUGUGAAUGUUGACGGUGUCUGCGCGGCCCAAAAUCACUUUUGAACAAAAAUGAAGUUAUGAGCA